AUGGUUUGGUUUCAAUGCGAAGAUUGUGGUGACAACCUCAAAAAACCUAAGUUGCCCAAUCAUUUUCGAUCAUGCUCCGCCAACAAGCUUUCAUGCAUUGACUGUGGCCAAAUGUUUGGGAGAGACACCGUUCAGAAUCACACACAGUGUAUUACGGAAGCGGAAAAGUAUGGUCCAAAAGGCCAAGGUAAAGCUUUGAAUGGUUCAGCUGCCAAGCCUGGCAAAGAUAAAAAGCAAAGGCCGGAAGUUGAUAUUAAUGUGGGUUUAUCUAAUCGCCCUCCGUGGUUCUGUAGUCUUUGCAAUACGAAAGCUACAAGCCAGCAAGCUCUCCUUCUCCAUGCUGAAGGAAAGAAACACGGGGCAAAAUCCCGAGCAUUCCAUGCUUCGCAGCAGCCACCAGUCCAGGCAGAUAAACCCGCCCCCGAUGCAAAGGAUGUAGCGGAGGCGGCUUCUGAUGGUACAGAGAAGAAAGAUGGCAGCAAUGCAGAGCAUCCAAAAUUGCAAGAGUCUUCUGAACAAAAUAACUUGAAACCAGGGAGUGAAGUUUCUUCUGAAAAGAAAAAGAGGAAACUUGAUGCAUCAGAGGGUGGAAUUAUUAAAAAGUGCAAGAAUGACACUUCAGUUGACACGGAAAAUGGCGAAGUAAUUCAAGGCGAGAAGACAAAAGAGAAGAAAAUAAAAUGGAAGAAGUUUAUCAAAGCAGCCUUAAAAUCUCAUCCUGAUGGAUUGAAGAUGAAGAAACUGAGAAAAGCUGUAUUCAAAGCGCUGCAAGAAUCCGGCAUUGUAGUAAAUGAAAAUGAAUUGACCGACACACUUGAGCAGAAGAUAAAUUCUAGCUCCAAAUUCGCAGUUGAGAAGAAGUAUGUGCGAUUAGUUGCCAAAGAUUGA